AUGCACAGACCUGGAGCAGCGUCGGCCUCAAAGCGAUAUCCUACACCUGGGUAUGCAGGAUACAAUGUUGCUUGGUCGCCUUUCUUUCCGGAUAGGCUUGCCGUAGCAAGCUCUGCGAACUAUGGCCUUGUGGGAAAUGGACGGUUACAUCUCUUUGGCAGCACACCUGCCCAGGUCAAAGUGUUCGAUACACAAGAUGGGAUUUUUGAUGUUGCAUGGUCAGAGGUUCAUGAAAAUCAAAUCGUAUCUGCAUGCGGUGAUGGCAGCAUAAAACUUUGGGAUGCCACGCUCGAUGACCAUCCUAUUCGAAAUUGGCAAGAACAUGCUCGGGAGGUGUUUUCUAUUGACUGGAAUAAUGUUCAAAAAGACUUUUUUGCGAGCGGAAGUUGGGAUGGAAGUGUAAAAAUUUGGACCCCAGAACGCCCAACGUCUGUUCAAACGAUUCCUGCUCACAGCGCCUGUGUGUAUAGGUGUGCGUGGUCGCCACACAAUCCGAACCUCUUGGCAACAGCAUCAGGAGAUGGAACGGCUAGCGUCUUUGAUCUUCGAGGCGGUGCAAGACCUGUGGCCACGAUGUCGGCAGGAGGUGAAGUCCUGGCACUAGAUUGGAACAAGUACAAGCCGAUGACACUUGCGACGGGCGGCACAGACCGCGCUAUAAAAGUUUGGGAGGCUCAUACUGCCGCUCCGUCUAGCGGUGGUCUAGUGCCCGAGCGUUGUGUGUUGCUUGGUCAUCAAUACGCAGUGCGUGAUGUUGCAUGGUCCCCCCACAAGAACAGUGUCAUCGCGAGUGCAAGCUAUGACAUGACGACUCGUGUAUGGAGUAUGGACGAUGCAAGUGUUCCGGCGCAGAUACCUAUGGUGAACACGCCACGCCAGGUGUAUUCAGGGCAUCGAGAAUUUGUUGUAGGCGUGGCAUGGUCACUCUUUGAGCCGGGCGUGCUCGCCUCAGCUUCCUGGGACAUGGAAACACACGUAUGGCCGGCUAUGGUAUAG